GGUCGCGCGGAGCGUUGCGGCUCGGAGCGGCGCCAUUUUGGGAGCGAGGCGAGCGGUGUGUGUGGUUGUGAGCGUGCGAGCGCGCUCCGCUCGCGUCCGGGGCCCCGUGGCUCUGGGGCGGAGGGCGCGGGACGUCGGGCCCGGGGCGGCCCGGCGGCGGGGGCGGGCAGCAGGCUUCCGGGGGGGGGAAGGAGGAGAAGGAGGAGGAGGCGGCGCGGAGGGGCCGGGGCGGUACUGCCGUGAGGGGCGCGGGGCCGCCCCGUUCCCUCCCCCGCCGCGGGGCCCCGGGGAAGGGGGGGCGCUUGGGAGCGCGGGAACGGCCGGCGCAGCCCCGCAGCGGGGCCAGCAGAGCCCGUCCCGUCUCCUCCCCGCCACAAAGGGUCUCGCGGAGCUGGAGUGUCCCGAUCCGGGCUGAGCUGCGGCCGGGAAUCCCCCGCAGCUCCCUGGGGACCGCGGGGUCCACCGCCCGGGGCAGCGCCUCCUCUUCAGGCAGUGGGCGUUACGGAGAGCACUAGGUGUCGGAGCCUUUUGCCUCAGCUGUUGGUGUUGGGGAGGAAGAGCGGUGGGAGCCGAUCUGCCGCAGCCACUUUCUUUCAAAGCCGAGAAGCACCGGACGCUGUUGGGGAUUAUUUGUCCGAGUGUUUCCUCCUGAACAGCCUUCAGAAGCGGUCAGCGGACGGCGCGGAGGGGAUUGGGAGUUCCAAGUCUGAGCGUUCUCUUUCUGAAAGUGCAGAGGAUCUCCCCCUCGGACAGUUUCGUGCGUGUGGCAUGGAUACACGGCUGAGUUUAUCAAGUUUGGAAUGCUUUUGCUAUCCAGAUGAAGUGCUUUUAGGCAUUUUUUUCUUCUGAGCACCACUCUGUCUACAACUGGAUUUGUAGACUGUCUCCAAGUCAGAUGCAGCCUGAGUCACUGUAUGGACGUUACUGAAAAGUUUCAUGGCAGAUAUUAUUACCCUUAUAUUAUUUUUUAGAUUUUCUGACGUAGCCUUUUGUUGUUUUGCAGUGCGACCUAUUUUCUAAAUGAAGAGCCUAACAGAAGUCUGUUUAUCUUUUUUUCUUUUUUCUUUUAUUUAAUAUUUUGGGAAAAUGUUGUUGCCAGUAAGCAACAUGGCGGUAUCUAGAUAGCUGUUGUUUACAGAUGCUUCAGUUACCUGGAAUGAAGAUGUGUUCCUCGGUUCAGAUGUGAAAUUUGGAUUUUCAGCUUUACAGUUUGCGACAUAAAAAGUGUAUUUAUUUCAUUUGGAGCUGAUGUUUCUUAUAGUGAUACAUUCAUGGAAUAGAUGACAGAAAAAGCUUUCAAAGAGAAAACAAACUUUUUGAGUGAGAGACUUGGUAGAUUUUGAAAUCUAUAAGCAAGAAGGAUGGGUAGCUGAUUCCUGUGAGGUCAAACCUAUGUCAAACAGCUACGAAUGUAGUAUCAACAAGAACUUGGGAUAUUAUCUCAAGGAAAACAAACUGGAAAAGUAUAAAACACGUGGAGCUAACACCUUGUGCGGUCCUCUUGGAUUAGGUUUGCGUUGGACUGAAUUGAUACUACUUAGAAGAAAAUUAAGAUGGACAGAACAACUUAAUUCAAAAAUAUGCUAGUAUUACAAUGACAAAGUGAGGGUGAAUUGUCAAAGAAGUUUGUAAAUGAAGAGAGAACUUCAGGAUCCCACACACAGUUUGUGGUGUGCUGUACUUAAGGGACUUGCCACGAGGUGCUAAAGCCUUGUUUCAUUGAUUUGGAGAGACUGGACCUAAAUGGCGCAGCAUGACUUUGCUCCAGCCUGGCUUAAUUUUCCUACUCCACCAUCGUCAACAAAGUCAUCGUUGAACUUUGAGAAGCAUUCUGAAAAUCUUUUGUGGACGGAGAAUCGUUAUGAAGCAAAUCGCAGAAGACACAACUCUUCUGAUGGGUUUGAUCCUAACAUUGGGCGGCCUAAUGGAGGGCAUUUUGGGAGAAAAGAGAAGAAUGGUUGGCGUUCACAAGGCAGAAAUGGUACAGAAAAUACAAACCACCGUGGAGGAUACCAUGGCGGAGGUUCCCGCUCUCGUACCAGCACUUUCCACUGUGGAAAAAGCCAGGGACUGCAUGAAAACAAUGUGCCUGAUAAUGAUACUGGGAAAAAGGAAGACAAAGAAGUACCCAAACAAUUUGAGGCUGAGGAUUUUCCAUCUUUGAAUCCUGAAUAUGAGAGGGAACCAAACCAAAAUAAAUCUUUAGCAGCAGGUGUGUGGGAGUAUCCUUUGAAUCCUAAAUCCAGAUCUCCAAGAAUGCUCGUCAUUAAAAAGGGCAAUACGAAAGAACUGCAGAUAUCUGGAUUCCCUGUAGUAGGAAGUCUUCAGUCACAGACAGUAAAAAAUGGUACCGGCACAAGUGUUUAUAAAGGAUUAGUGCCUAAACCUGCCACUCCACCCGCAAAGCAUACACAGUGGAAAAGCCAAGCAAAAGAAAAUAAACUUGUGAAUCCAUUUCCUCAAGAAUCUUCAUAUGUUAGUGGCAAUUUCAGUCCUUUCAAAUCAACUGCCAAGGCAUUUCCUGUAUCCCAGAAUGCAGUGAGAGAGUGUAAUCGGUCAAGUUCUUCAUCCCCUGUUGACAAAGUUGGUCAGCCUCGUUUAACAAAGCUGACAAGAAUGCGGACUGAUAAGAAGAGUGAAUUUUUGAAAGCACUGAAACGAGAUAGAGUGGAAGAAGAGCAUGAGGAUGAGAAUGCUGGGCAAGAGAAGGAUGGUGACUCCCUUGACUUGCAUAACAGCAACAAUUCUCAUCAUGAGCGAGAUAUAAACCGAAACUUUGAAAAUGAAUUUCCACAGGAGAAUGGCAAUGCUUCAGUUACAUCUCAACAGAUCAUUCGAUCUUCAACUUUCCCUCAGGCAGAUAUUCUUUCAAGCUCUCUUGAAGCAGAGCAUAGGCUGUUAAAGGAAAUGGGCUGGCAGGAAGAUAGUGAAAAUGAUGAAAUAUAUGCUCCACUAACAGAAGAUGAGAUGAGGGAAUUCCAAGUCAUCAGUGAACAGUUACGAAAAAAUGGUCUACGGAAAAAUGGCAUUUUGAAAAACGGCCUAAUUUGUAAUUUUAAAUUUAGCCCUUGGAAAAACAGCACUUUCAAACCUGCUCUGGAGAAUGAGGAUUCUGAGACAAGCAGCAGUGAUACAUCAGAUGAUGAUGAUGUAUGAAGAUUUCUGUAACAUCUCUAGAAGCUUGUUUUGAUACUAUGAAAAUAUGGGGAUGUAUUGUCAAAAAAAAAAAAAACCCACACAAAAACCUAAUAUAUGUAGUAACAUGCCCUACUAGAGGAAGAAUGAUGGAACUGCUCUCUGAAGAAAGCAAGGAAUAUUGUGUUGGGUGUGUUGAACAUUACUAUUAUUUCUUUGUAAACAAAUGUUGUAGAACCAGGACUUGGGUUGACCCAGCAUUGACUGUCUUCAUCGCUGCAGCAUUUCUGACUAGCAAUGUGACAAUGUAACAAUUCAGACUUUCUCAUUUAAUAAUAAAAGCAAGAAUAAUUGUGUAA